UAUAUGUUCUGUGGGCGCAGUGAGUGGUGCACUGUAUGCAACGGUAUGGUGGUGCGUGCGUCGUGGCUGAUUUGUUGCACAUUGCAAUAGGCGUGACAGUCUCGGUACUCGCGAUGGACGGUGGCCUAGCAAUACCUGUUGCAUGUCCUUGUUGUAUGGAUUGGUUAACCUUACUCGCUCGCCAGCAUUUCUCUUAAAUAAGAUUUUCGGCCACCGCGAGACCAUAGACAAGGGCAAGGCAAAGGAUGUGCCGCAUUCGAUAUCGUUGACAUUCCUCCGUCCUCCGUCAGAGACGCGUGUUUGAGACGGUUGUGUGCGCGUGCGUGAUGUGCAUAUAUAUAUAUAAAGAUACAUGUAUGUGUAUAUAUGCAUGUGUGUGCGUCGUCACAAUACGUCGUCUCUCGUCACGCCGUACCGCGUCGGGCGGUCUAGCGGCGGCGGUUGCGAGUCGACAGUUCCAAAAAUUCUCUCCGUCCGUGAUUUAUUCGCCGGUGGCGCGAACAAGCGCACCUGUGCGAAAUAGGAAGAUAUGGGCAUCGUGCAGAGUCGCAACAGUGAGAACGAUGCGGAUGGUGGUGUACGUGAAGUUUUCGUCGGCAGUGUCAAGGCCGGCGUGCCUCGUCACUCGUAUCAGUCCGGCAUGGGCAUGGGUAGCCUGGGUGGACCUCACACGCGUAGCGGCAGCAUGCGUAGCGCGCCGAGACAGCCAAUGCCAGAUGCCAUUGAGCUCGAGAGGCGGUUCACCAAAGUACUGGCCUCCAUGGAUCUACCACCAGAUAAAGCGAAACUUUUAAAACAAUAUGACAACGAAAAAAAAUGGGAUAUCAUAUGCGACCAAGAAAGAGUACAAGCUAAAGAUCCACCGUCCCAUUAUCUGGCGAAGUUGCGUACUUAUUUGGACCCUACAGCAUCACGAAGCCACCGAAAAAGAAAAAUAGUCGGUGAAUCUACGUCGACCCAAGUAUUACGUGAUUUGGAAAUAUCCUUACGCACAAAUCAUAUUGAAUGGGUGAGAGAAUUCUUAAACGAAGAAAAUCAAGGUCUGGAUGCACUGAUAGACUAUCUCAGCUUCAGGCUAUUGAUGAUGCGGCACGAGCAACGACUCUUGGAAUCUCACACGAAUUCCGAGGAGAAAUUGCAAACUGGUAUUGGUGACACUUUAUCAUUAAACAAUGGAUGUUUGAGGCCGCCUCUUCAUGAACUUAAAGACAGUCCUGGAGUCAAAAGGAGAUCUCGACAUGUAGCACGCUUAAAUAUGGGUGAAGCAAAGGAUGAUAUUCAUGUUUGUAUACUGUGCAUGCGUGCUAUUAUGAAUAAUAAGUACGGAUUUAACAUGGUUAUUCAACACAGAGAAGCCAUCAACUGCAUUGCACUGAGUUUAAUCCAUAAAAGUCUGAGAACAAAAGCUCUAGUGUUGGAGCUUCUCGCCGCGAUCUGCCUGGUGAAGGGCGGCCACGAGAUUAUUUUGUCAGCGUUCGAUAACUUUAAAGAAGUGUGUUCUGAGAGGAGAAGAUUUACGACACUUAUGGCGUAUUUCACCCAGUACGACAGCUUCCAUAUAGAGUUUAUGGUUGCCUGUAUGCAAUUUGUCAAUAUCAUUGUACACUCAGUUGAAGAUAUGAACUUCAGAGUACAUCUGCAAUAUGAGUUCACGAAACUUGGAUUAGACGAGUAUCUUGAGAAGCUCAGACAUACGGAGAGCGAAGAUUUGCAGGUUCAAAUUUCAGCUUACUUGGAUAACGUAUUUGAUGUAGCUGCCUUGAUGGAGGACAGUGAAACAAAGACCGCGGCAUUGGAGAAAGUUGCAGAAUUAGAAGAUGAACUUGGUCAUGCUCACGAUCGUAUGACAGAAUUAGAAAGAGAAUCACUUUCGAAAUUGGCGGAAUUGGAAACGGAAUUGGGCGCGAUCAAAGUGGAGUAUGCUGAGGCCUUAGAAGCACGUAAAUCAGUAGAAGAGGAACUUGCGACUUUGAAAAAGCAGAGACAGGAUUCCGCUCGAAGGCAGAGCGUUCUUGAGAACAAGAUUAUUGAGCUGGAGAAUCUCACAGGAACACUUACGAAAGGCUCGACAGCCGCUAAUCUACGAAAUGGCACCACAAUUAGUCCUCUGAGUAAUUCGGACAAUAUCACAUCCGAGACAUUCGCUUCAACACCGUCGCCGACGUUAAAUGAGGUACUUCCAGCGGUUCCAGUACCACCACCUCCACCUCCGCCACCAUGUCCACCGCCGCCCCCUACCGCAUCUUCAUCUCUCGGAGAUCACAAGUUACCACUGUCUGCCCCGAUACCUCCACCACCUGCUGGCAUGAUGCAAGCACCCAAUGGAGCAAUGACCAUUAAACGAAAAGUCCAAACAAAGUACAAACUUCCCACACUCAAUUGGAUCGCUCUGAAACCUAAUCAAGUGCGGGGUACCAUUUUUAAUGAAUUGGACGACGACCGUUUACACAAUCAGAUUGACUUUUCUGACUUCGAGGAGCGAUUCAAGAUUGGCAUGAGCGGACAUGUGGCCAACGGCAACAGUGAAAUUGACGGCCUUCAAAGUUUUCCAAGUAAACGGUUUAAAAAAUCCGAAAACGUAUCACUUUUGGAACACACAAGACUGCGAAAUAUUGCUAUAUCGCGCCGAAAAAUGGAAAUGCCGGUCGAGAAAGUGAUAAUGGCGGUUAAUGCUCUCGAUUUGAAAGUCCUUUCACUUGAAAAUGUGGAGCUGUUACAACGUAUGGUACCUACGGAUCAAGAAAUCAAGGCAUAUCGCGAAUACAUUAUAGAGAAGAAAAAUGUCAAUUUGUUAACAGAAGAAGAUAAGUUUUUAAUGCAACUCGGUAAAGUAGAGAGAAUCUCCACCAAGCUGUCAAUUAUGAACUACAUAGGAAACUUUUUCGACAAUUUGCACCUUAUUACGCCACAAAUACACGCUGUGAUAUCCGCGUCCAGUUCGGUUAAGGGUUCGAAGAAGCUGAGAUCAGUAUUAGAAAUUAUUCUUGCCUUCGGUAACUACUUAAAUAGUAGCAAACGAGGCCCUGCGUAUGGAUUUAAAUUACAAAGUUUAGAUACAUUGUUAGAUACGAAAUCUACUGAUAAAAGGAUGUGCCUUUUGCAUUAUAUCGUCGCCACAAUACGAAUCAAAUUCCCGGAGCUCAUUAAUUUCGAGUCUGAAUUGAUGUACAUCGACAAAGCUGCGACAGUUUCACUGGAGAAUAUUAUGACGGACGUUCACGAGUUAGAGAAAGGCAUGGAUCUCGUGCGAAAAGAAUUUGAGUUACGCGGUAAAGAGAAACAUAAUAUGGUAUUGCGUGACUUUUUGAACAAUUCUGAGGAGAAGUUACGUCGUUUGAAACUUGACGCGCGUACCGCCAGUGAAGCGUUUCGAGAAUGCGUCGAAUUCUUCGGUGAAAGCCCGAGGCAGGCCGACGCCAAUACCUUCUUCUCUCUUCUUGUUAGAUUUGCGAGAGCAUUUAAGGCAGCAGAUCAAGAAAAUGAACAGCGUCGUAGAUUGGAGGCUGCUGCGGCGGAAGCUUUAAAUACUUCUGAAGAAGUUAUAAAACGUAAUAAAUUAAAUCAGAAGAAACAACAGGAUGCUGUUAUAAAUGAGUUGAAGAACAAGACCCGAUUAGUGCAAGAGAAGAAGUUACUGCAACAGGAUGAAGUGUACAACGGUGCUCUGGAGGAUAUUCUCCUUGGUCUUAGAUCUGAGCCAUACCGUAGAGCAGAUGCCGUAAGACGUAGUCAACGACGACGUAUCGAUAAUCAUAGACUCUCGCGCACUGCCGAGGAGCUUGAACUCUAAUUGUUUGGCAUUUCUGACAUGCAUUUUGCAAAAUUUCUCUAAUCCGAAUUUUGCCUUGCCGUUUCAAAGUUUUGUUGUAAUUUAUAUGGGCUUUAUAUAAAUAUAAUGAAAUAUUGAGAAUCGACAGAGAAAAAUACCAAUAGUUUGAGAAUACUUUUGAAGAUAUAAUAGUGUGCAUAACUAGAUGUCACUUGUACAUUCUCCCAAUUUUUGAAAACAUUUUACUAAUGUCUCAUACAUUACAAAAUAUUCAAAUGUUGCAACAAUAUUACUGAAAUGUUGCAACGUUGAUGUAAUAUUAUUAAAACGUUUAGCAAGGUUGCUGCAGUAUUGCUGAAAUAUUGCAGUAACCCAGCUAAUAUUGACAUGUUGCAGUGUUACUGUAAUAUUAUUAAAAUGUCGUAACAUUGCUGUAAUAUUAUUGAAAUGUUCUGUAUUGUAUGAAAUACUUCAUUACGAAUACACACAAAUUUGGAACUAAAUGACAAUAUUCAGUAUGUACAAUUGGAUGAAGCUUUUGUGCUCGAAUCGAAUUAGUGAUGAAAAUCUAAUAGUCAUAAACUUGAAAAGAGGAUAUGAAUUUUAGGCGAUUUAAGAAUCGCAUAGUUAACGCGAAUUUCCUAUGUUUUCUUUCGUAUUUUUUCCUGUAAAAUUAAAAAAUAGAUCUUAAAAUUAUGCCAAAUAAAGAGAAAGUUACAGAUAUCUAAAGACGUUGAUUUUCCCUGAAAAUUAUGCAUUUUCCUACACUAGUAUCUUAAAUACCUUUGACUUUUUUAGAAGUGCUAAAUCGCACGUUUUAUGGGAGACUACAUCCCUAAAUCAUCUAAAAUUCAUAAUCUCCUUUAUUACAACUUAUUACUUAUAAUAUAAAAUUUUUAUGAUAUUUGUCGCGCAACGGUAGGUCUUAGAAAACAUACGAUGUCUCACAUGACACAUUUAAUUUUUGCAUGCGGUAUAAUUCAUAUAUGAAUCUCAUAAUUAAAGACGUUAGUUCUUUUCAAGUUAGCAUAAUAUAUAUAUUGUUAUAUUUAAGAUACUUCUUUGCACAUCUAUAAUAACUCAUUUAUGUGAAAUUUGCUUGUAUCUCGAUUACACUUACUUUCUUUUCUUGUUUAACAUCAUAGAGAUAUAAGAAUAGAGCGCGUGAGUUGUAUACUAGCAUAUAAGUAACUGCGAUAAAGAGAUAGAAAGAGAAAGCUAAAAUAAAGGCCCUCUCUGUCUUUGUCUAACUUCAAAACAGUACACUAGCACAUGCAGAUUGAACAAAGAUGAAGGGGCCUUUAUAUUCGGUUCUCUCUAUUUAUUCCUCUAUCGCUUUUUCGGCUCUCUUACGUACUCUAUUCUUAUAUCUCUAUGUUUAACAUAUAUACAUAUGUAUGAAAUAGGUAAACGUAAACUUAAAACUGUUUAAAUUUAGUUGUUGUUAAUUGUUAUACAUAUUGAAAAUAUUUAUAAUUUUUAUAUAAACAUUGGACAUUUCCGUUAGAGUAAUUGUGUAUAUGCUAUAUUUUGUAAUUGCUUAAUAUCAAAUGGACAAAAUCGUAUAACUCUUAAUAAUUUGUGUAAAAUCCUUCUAUUCUUACAAUCGCGGGGUUUAGUAAAUCUAUAACACCUUUGACAUUCCAGCGACAUUUAAUAACCUGGAAAACUUGCUACGCAAAUUAUAAGAAAUUAUACAAGUUCUAUCAGCUUGCAAAAAUGCAAAUGUACAACUUUUAUAAAUGUUUUACAUUUUUAUAUCAUAAAGUACACAGAAAUGUAUUCUACAACAAGAAUAAAGUCAAGAUAACACAUUUCAAAACUGAUAUUUUGAUUAUACGUAGUUCCAUACAAUUCAGAAAUAUUGCAGCAAUUUUGCAACAUUUAAAUAAUAUUGCAGAAACUUUGUCACAUUUGAGCAAUAUUGUAACAACUUUGCAAUAUUUAAAUAAGAUUGCAGAAACAUUGUAACAUUACUGAAAUAUUUUGUGCUGUAUGGGACAUUUGUUGUAACUUCCUGCAAUGUAUCACAUAUAUUGCUACGAUACAAAUGAAAGUGUCUCUGAAGUGUGAAAUUUCUUUCGAAAGUACUUUGAAAAUAAUUUUAAAUACAUAUUACUUAUACAUACUUAUUACAUUCCUUGAACGCACUAUAUACAUCUCCAUAAUCCAGAAUAUAUAUUGUGUAAUACAUUAGCGCGUAAGUAAUGAUACAAAAUUUCAUGCAGUUUAAUCGAUACGUAUAAUGUAUAUCGAGUCAUAAGGAAACAAAAAAGAUAUGCAAAUCAAAGGUAUGUGCAUCGAUUAUUACCGUCACUUUCUAAAAUUUUUUUUUGCCAAAACGCAGCGAUAGACUCCAAUUGCAUAAACUUUUUCCUAAUUGAAAACAUAUCUUAAAGUUUUGAAAGGAAUUAUAUUUUUACUUUUGUACGUUUUUGAUAUAUAUUAUUAGAGGAUAAAAAUAUGUAAAUAGUUGUAAAAUAGAAAAUACUUGAACAAAUGUAUAAUGUAAUUACUAUUAUUAGAAUAAUUGUCAAUGUCAUGUUUAGAUAAACUAUUUUCUGUAUUGUAUCAUUUUUAAUGCAUAUUAGCAAUGUGCGACGAAGAAAAAUUAUUUUAACUCUUCAGGAUUGAAGCGUUAAGCUAUUUUAUGUAUUUUUUGUGCAAAAAAUAUGUAUACAAUCACAUACAAUAUGCGUUUAAUUCUAUCAAUCGUAAAAAUUAACAAUGUAUGAAAUGAAAUAAAGAAAUGUAAUAAUACUGCAAGAAAAAAA